AUGCUUCUGCGACCUACAAUGAUACUGCGGGCCGUCAACGGCCGGACGGGUAACAUCACCGGCUUCGACGUCCGCAAGCUGAAAGAGUCCAUCGAGAAGCCCCGUUACGACCCAUGGGAGCGAUACGAGAACUGGCGGUACACAGGACUGUUCAGCAGAUGGAACAGAUUCAAGAGCGGUUUUCCCGGCCUGGGUAUUGCGACGGUGGCAUUCGCGGCAUACUGUGGAUAUGAGUACGCGUUCCUGCAGGACGAGCACCACGGCGAGCACCACGGCGAGGGACACCACUGA